AGGGGGGAGAAAUUGAUAAUCACUGGACGCUCAGGAGGGAAUCACAAUUCACACAGGCUGAGAGAUGGGAUUGGGAGAACCGUCAAGGGAGUCUGGAAAUGCUACGGCGAGCAGUGAAGAUGUAGGAUCUAGUGGCGGCGGUGGUGGCGGAGUUAGGAGCUUUCCGCUGGCUCAGCAACCGGAGAUUAUGAGAGCAGCUGAGAAGGAUGAGCAGUACACUUUCUUCGUAUAUGAGGCCUGCCGCGAUGCUUUUCGCCACCUCUUCGGUACACGGGUUGCUGUAGCAUACCAGAAUGAGACAAAACUUCUUGGCCAAAUGCUUUACUUUUUACUCACAACAGGUGCUGGAAAGCAAACAUUAGGAGAAGAAUACUGCGACACUACUCAGGUUGCAGGACCAUAUGGCCUUCCUCCAACACCGGCAAGACGGGCUCUUUUUAUCUUUUAUCAGACUGCAGUUCCAUACCUUGCUGAAAGAGUCAGCUCUAGGAUUGCUUCCCAAGGCAUCACCCUGGAUGACCCAUUUGAUGAUAGUUAUCCAUUCAGUGUUGCUUCUGAGUCGAGCAGCCGAGUUGAGGCAUCCACAGCUUCUGAGAUUGCAUCUUCUUCGACAUCAAGAGCACACCCAUCAGUUUUAUCAAGAUUUAAAACAAAGAUAAGGGAGUGUUGGCUACAUGCCGUUCAGAGGUGGCCCUCAGUGCUUCCUUUAGCUCGUGAGAUUCUGCAAUUGGUUAUCCGCGCUAACCUCAUGUUCUUCUAUUUUGAAGGGCUUUACUAUCACUUAUCAAAACGAGCGUCAGGCAUUCGUUAUGUGUUCAUUGGGAAACCAACAAACCAAAGGCCCAGAUAUCAAAUACUAGGGUUUUUCCUUCUCGUUCAGCUAUGCAUCCUUGCUGCUGAAGGACUGCGGCGGCGUAGUAGUUUAUCAUCAAUUGCAGCCUCUGCUCAACAAACACCUUUUGGAACCUACCAAACUUCAUCAGGGCGUGGUGUGCCUGUUUUGAACGAAGAAGGCAAUUUAAUUACUGCAGUCUCUGAAAAGGGUAGUUUUGUUUCUGAACCCUCAUCAACUUCAGAGUCUCAAGCAAGUGGACUAAGCAAAUGCAGUCUUUGCCUGAGCAGUCGGCAGCACCCCACUGCCACACCUUGUGGCCAUGUAUUUUGUUGGAACUGCAUAAUGGAGUGGUGCAACGAGAAGCCCGAAUGCCCUCUUUGUCGCUCUCCGGCAACACAUUCUAGCUUAGUGUGCCUAUAUCAUUCAGAUUUCUAGUUCACUACCAUAACCCGUGAGUUUUCAAGUUCAAAUAUGCUUUUAAACAAAUUGACCAGUAGCAACUAGCAAGCCAUUUUGGUCAAUAUGGUUUCCUCCUUUACAAUUAGAUGUUGGAACUUCUUUCUUAUGUUUCAUGUUUGUUUGUUGUUUAGGGGUGGGAAGAAUG